AUGAUUUUCACUCUAGCGAUAGUCCAAGCUGUUGGUUACGACACUGAACUAUUUGAAACGCCGCCUUGCGACAGUAACGCCUGCUUCGAUGAACUCCACGGGGCCUUAGGCGACUGCUCUUGCAAUGUUGAUACAAUUGAUUAUUUUAAUAACGUGAAGAUCUUUCCCCGCAUACAAAGUUUAGUGAGUAAAGAUUACUUUCGUUUCUACAAAGUGAAUUUAAAAAAAGAUUGCCCGUUCUGGGCGGACGACAGUAGGUGCGCUAUGAAGUACUGCCAUAUUAAAACAUGCUCGAAGGAAAGUGUUCCGGGCUAUCCGAAUGGAUACGAAAAUGAGGAGGAGCAAGAAGCUCCAGCUGUGAAAUAUUUAAAAGAAGCUCAGAGCGCAUGCAGUAAUGAUGAGGAUCACGACCCGGAUUUGGGAUAUUUAAACAUGACUAUAAGUGCUGCUAGUCAGUAUGAAAUAGCAAAAUGGAAUGCCUAUGAUAGCGCCUUGGAGAAUUUUUGUGAAUGUGACGAUCGAGAUGCUGAAGCAGAGUAUGUGGAUCUGUCUUUAAACCCAGAGAGAUACACAGGUUAUAAAGGUCCUUCGGCUCACCGAAUUUGGAGAAGUAUUUACCAGGAAAAUUGUUUUCGACCGAAACUUAACCCAUAUGAGUCUUUUCCGUAUGUCUUGAGUUCAGACUUAAGUAACAUGUGCCUGGAGAAGAGAGUAUUUUAUAGAGCUGUGUCGGGUUUGCAUUCCAGUAUUAAUAUUCAUUUAUGUUCUCAUUAUUUAUUGUCUGAGAAGGGUGUUGGAUUUGCUGCUCCACCUGAUGGGGAGUGGGGACCGAAUUUAGCAGAGUUCCAACGCCGUUUUGAUCCAUCACAGACACAUGGAGAGGGCCCCAAUUGGUUGAAAAAUUUGUAUUUUGUUUAUUUGUUAGAAAUGCGCGCCCUCGCUAAAGCUGGCCCAUAUUUGGAGAAUGAAGAAUAUUUCACAGGCAACCCAACAGAGGAUGAGGAGACACGGGACGCGAUAAGCAAUAUGCUUAGCGUAAUUUACACAUUCCCUGAUCAUUUCAAUGAGUCUUCCAUGUUUAACGGUGGCAGCCAAGCAGCAAAGUUAAAGAAUGAGUUUAGGGAACACUUCUUGAAUAUAUCCAGAAUAAUGGAUUGUGUUGGGUGUGAUAAAUGCAAGUUAUGGGGAAAACUCCAGACACAGGGUCUAGGAACUGCAUUAAAAAUUCUAUUUUCAUCCCAAUGGGACAAUCUUGAAGGUGAUCCGGAGCAAGGCAAACUGCCUGUGAGGCAUAAAGAGAACAAGCGGUUACAAAGAACCGAAAUAGUUGCAUUGUUCAACGCGUUUGCGAGGCUUUCAAACAGUAUCCGUCAACUGGAGAACUUCAGAAUCAUGCUCAGUGCGAAUAAAGAGCCGGACGGGGGGCGAAGCAUGUAUGUGGGUGCGCCAAAUGCGAACAGAAAAACGGGCGGCAAGGAGCCGUGUUCAUCGGGCGGCGACAAACCUCGGAUUUGGAGU